AUGUCACGCAGUUCCCCUCUGGUGCCGUGCUCUUGCUGUAGUUCUCUCGUUUCUCCCCAAAUUACACCCUCGGCUUCCUCUGCUUCUCUGCUUUCCUUUCCUGCGUGUUUUUGUUCGUGUCCUCCCUCUUCCUGUCCUUCCUCCCUUCCUUCUUCUCUUCCAGCCCUCUUCCGUAGUCUUCGGCCGCCGUAUGCAGAAUCCGCCAUGUCUGUAUCAGGGUCCAAAAGGCCGCCCUCAAGCUUCCGUGCCACAACAGGUUUCGCCCUGCGGCAGAGACCCGCGUUUCACGCGGCACAUGCACACUACCUUCCAGUCGCCCGAGCUGUCUCCGCUCCCAGGAGUCGAGCGGUAGCCUCCUUUCCAACUCAAGCUGGCGUCUCUUCUCCGUCAUCUUCAGAAUGCCACAGUCUGGUGCCUUCCCUUCGUGGUAUCUUGUCGAGCCUCCCCCGUCACUUCCUGAGAGUUUGCAACUUCGCCGCUGCGUACAGUCCCCGUUCGUUCCUCUCCGCAUGCACCGUGCAUGCUUCCGCUUCGGCCUCGCGGCCGUCUUACGAUUCCUCCCCUUUUCCGCUGUCUCUGUCUCUCACCGCGUCGUCUUCUCCCUCUCUGCUGGUCGCCCCACUUCGCCUUUCGCUUCCGCGUUCUUCCGCUGCUCGCCUCCAUGGCGUGUCACAGGAAGUUGAGACAGCGCGCCCUGCCUCGCCGUCCUGGGAUUGUAGUGCAUCCCCGGAGUCUGCGAGGCGCCAUGCGAUUCAGCCUCCCCUGCUUUCGCUCCCGUCGCUUGGCGGAACCAAGCGGCUUCUGUCUCAGCUCAUGCGCCGGCUUGUCGGCUCGGCGUUUCUCGCUCUCCCCGUCCUGUUCUUGCUGUCUCAGGAGACGCCCCUCUUCGCUGUCUAUCCCGAGCGCCGCGUGGCGGUUCGCCUUUCCUUGCUGCCUCGAGGCGAGCGGGCGGAGCCCGAGGAGGAGACACGAGAAGAAGGCGAGGCAGAGGGCCAGCGCGAAAGAACGGAUGGCGGGACUCAAGUAAGGGGAGGAUGCGAGAGGGACGGAAGCGAGGGAGGCUCGGGAGUGGAGUCUCUUGCGAGGGAAUCCAGAGACGGAGAGAUCCUAGAGAGGGGAGGAGACGCCGAAAGCAGAAACCAGGGGGACGACGGGUUCGCCCCCCCCUUGGUGAGUGCAGGCGAGGGGAAAACGCCAGGCAGCAGCGACGUGUCUCGGGAGAAAGCGCCUGCGGAGCUGUCGCUCCCGGGACACGAGACCAUCAGUCUGCAGGCGGCUUCUUCAGACGCCAGCGCAAAUAGCGGGGCGAGAGGCGCACGGGAGCGGCAGGAUGACAACGGCGAAGACGCCGGGGAGGGGACAUUUGUUUUGGCGUCGCCGUGGGCAGUGCAAGCUUUCUCGCGAGGCGAUUUGGUCUAUUUCCGGCACCCGAUGGAUUCCAAGUGCAAACUGCUGCUGCGCGUGGUGGCGGUGGCCCACGACGUGAUUCGGGUCUCUGCAAGUUCCCUGCUGUCGAUACACCCCACGCUGAGGAAGCAGCUUCUCGUGUUUGGCGAGCCGCGUGUCGUGGACGCGAACGGCGUGCCGUUUCGCUGCGACGUUUCGUACGAUUUCUUGAUGCACCUUGUCGACUGCUGCAACGAGGAGAUUCUCGCCGCCGCGUACCAGGGGAAAAGGGCGAGGUGGUUUUCAUUCCAGCCCGCCGGCGAAAGCGAGGCAGGUGCGACGGAGAAAGGCGAAGCCGAGAGCGGUUCAGACAUUUUCGUGGAACUGAAAAUCCCAGCGGGGAGCUGCUGGUUGGAAGCAGAUGCGGAUACCCCGAGGAACGCUCCCGCGCCGCGGCGGCCUAUGAGGGAUCGGCACAUGCAGUCUGAGAAGGCGAAAACGGAGGAGGAAUCAAAGAGUUUGCCUGCGAAGAGAGAAGAGGACCUCGCGGGUGGGAAGGCUGCCUCUCCCUUCGCUCCCGCAUCUGUCUUACCCUCUUCCCUUGUCUCGUCCACGCCUGAUGCGUGCCAGGCCAGCGAGUGCUGGACAAGAGGAGGGGACCUGGAAGCCUGCCUUCCGCCGAUGUGUCAGGAUAGCUACUCGUUCGGACUGGCCCCAGUUGGCCUCAUUCAGGGUGUCGUGUACGCGAUCCUUCCUCAUACCCACUCUGAAGGAGAAGCGCAGCUUCUCCUCUGCCAAGCCUUUCUCUCUUCCCUGGUUGCCGAAGCUCGCGAGUCGCGUCUGCUCACAUGGUCUGCGUCCCUGGGAGAGAAGGCAAAGCGCGCCGUGGCCAAGGCGGAGGCGUAUCUGGGUGGGCUGAGAGUCAGAGAAGACGAACAAGCCAGUGGCAAGGCUGCAUGCGCGCCGCUAUCGCGCCCCGAUGAGAGGCAAGGGAGCGCCCAGUGUCGGUCGAGGCUGGAGGAGGACAGUGAGUUGGGGUCUUGGCAGAGUGUCCCUGUGACAGGCGCGAGCGAGGAGGAAAACACUUUGCACAGAGAGGAUAAAGAGACGGGUGCAGAGGCGAAAGCAUCACGAGCAACGGCAGAGCCUGGCGAAGACACCAAAGGUCAUGGCCCUCUGUGUCCGGAAGCCGAGAGCGGACGGGCGGGGGGACUCGCCGUGCCGCCUUUGCCGAAUCUUCACAUUGUUCUUCCGACCCAGAGAGCCGAUGCGCGUGAAGGGGAGGGACACGACGUGAUGGAAACUGAGAGGCACAGAGAGGAACACGGGAGACCAGAAGAAAGGGGAGAAGGGCGCAGGGAAGCGGGCGAGACAAAGGCGAAUGGACACCAGGAGGACGGAGAGAGGGAACCGGAGAGAAGCGAUGAUAGCGAAGGUGAGGGACUUGACGAAGUUGAAGAAGCACCCUUGAUGUAUCGCCUGCUCAGUCGAGCAACGCAGUGGCUUAUCGCGCAUGCAGACAUGCGAGGUCUCGCGCUCCCCGACGAUAACCCCGUCUCCUCAAAAGGGACGAUUGUUGUUGACUGUAGCGAGUACAGGGGCGAAAGACACAAGUAG